UGCUUGGUGCGCUUAAUCCGUGACCAAUCGGAGGGUAAUCUUUUAAUUCUAAGCGUUAACUACCAUGAAAACCGUUUUACAAGCGCAAUUUUCAUAAAUUCGUUUUGUAACAUAGCGUGAAAUGCGAUUGUGUGAUCUGUAAAGUCUUCAGUUUGGGCAACAAGUGGUUGGCACGAACAGAGACUGACUGCAGGUUUUUGUCAGCACACAGGGGAAACAGCUCCACAUGCUACCAGGUAUGCGGUGCUGUAUGUCCUCCGCGGCAGCUGUAUUCGGAUCGUUGUGCCAUGGCUGUCGCAGCCGGGCGCGUAGUUUGUCAUUCCAGGGCUUUAGUUGGUCGCUCCGACAGAACUGCCGGUGGAACAGUCAGGAUUCAAAUGACCUACCUACUGCGGAGAACCCGCGAAUUCUCAUCACAGGCGGCCUUGGCCAGUUAGGUGUGGGGCUUGCAGAAAUCCUGAGGAAACAGUACGGAACAGAAAACGUUAUCCUAUCGGAUAUUAAAAAGGCUCCACCGGAAGUGUACAGAAGUGGCCCAUUUGUGUAUGCUGACGUGUUGGACUAUAAGAACCUCAGAGAGUUGGUGGUGAAUAACCGCAUCACCUGGCUGGUGCAUUACAGCGCUCUACUCAGUGCUGUGGGAGAGGCCAAUGUGGCCCUGGCACGCAAGAUCAAUAUCACAGGCCUUCAUAAUGUGCUGGACCUGGCUCUGGAGAGCUGCUUACGUCUCUUUGUCCCCAGCACCAUCGGAGCUUUUGGCCCAUCUUCUCCCCGUGACCCCGCACCUGACCUGUGUGUCCAGAGGCCUCACACCAUUUAUGGGGUGUCCAAAGUGCACGGCGAACUGAUGGGGGAGUAUUUUCAUCACAAGUAUGGACUGGACUUCCGCUGCCUACGCUAUCCUGGCAUCAUUUCAGCUAACACACAGCCUGGGGGGGGAACAACAGACUAUGCUGUCCAGAUUUUUCACGAUGCACUCAGCACAGGUCACCACGAGUGCUAUUUACGAGCUGACACACGUCUGCCCAUGAUGCACAUUGGUGACUGCCACCGUGCGACUGUGGAGUUCAUGCAGGCCCCGGAAUGCCAACUGUCGCUGCGCACGUACAACAUCGCUGCCAUGAGCUUCACCCCUGAGGAAGUUGCCACGGAAAUCCGCAAGCAACUGCCCCACCUCAAGGUCACCUAUAACCCUGACUCUGUCCGCCAGACCAUUGCAGACAGCUGGCCAGUGAGGUUUGAUGACUCCAAUGCACAGAAAGACUGGGGCUGGAAGUCGACCUAUGGGCUUGAGGAGCUCGUCUCAGACAUGCUAAGCUCCAUCCGUGACAAGAAGACCAACGCCGGACUGCCAGUCAGCUAGCAGGCCCCACUCACAGAGACUGACCUACCAAUCACUAUUCCCUUAAGUCCACUUCAUUCUGGGGCUGCCUAUCACAACAGACCCUCUUUAACCUUAGCAUCAUUUCCAAACCAGGAACCUUUUGUAUGUCAGGAAUAUUCUACCAAUAAACCAGGGACUAUUUUCAAACCAGGAAUAUUCAGCCAGAACCACUCAACUUGCCACGACAGUGGACACUGAAAACACACACACACACACACACACACACACACACACACACACACACACACACACACACACAGUAGGCAACAAGCACACGCUCUCAUAAUAGCAGCCUUACUCAUUUCAGGGAACCAUACUGUCAAUCAUUCUCUUCUGUUACGACAUUCUUCAGUUUCUGUUUAAUUGUGAUAGAGAUCAUUUAAGUAUCAUAUCAGGUUUAACAUAAGCCUCAAACCUCUGGGGGAAAUAGGCUUCAGGCAAAUGAUUUUACAUAUAGUUAAGUCAAAUCAAAUCAAAUUAUAUUUGUCACAUGCGCCGAAUACAACAACCUUACAGUGAAAUGCUUACUUACAAGCCCUUAACCAACAAUGCAGUUUUAAGAAAAAUAGUAAAAAAUAGAUAAGUACAUUUUUUUUAAAAUAAAAGUUACAAAUAAUUAAACAGCAGCAGUAAAAUAACAAUAGUGAGCCUAUAUACAGGGGGUACCGGUACAGAGUCAAUGUGUGGGGGCACCAGUUAGUCAAGGUAAUUGAGGUAAUAUGUACAUGUAGGUAGAGUACCCCUACCAUCAGUUUACAGUAUCUCAAGGGGUUGGCUUUCAUUUCCCUCUUGGCAUUAGGGUAGUAUAGAGGGCACAGUGAAAUGACACAGGAGCAGUGAGAGAUAUAGGGAAACCUAUCAGGCAUAAUGGAUGCAGAAGAAACAGAAAAUCCACAAUGUUUAUAAAAAGGCCUUUACAACAUAACUUCAGAAAAUGUUCAAAUAUCUUCAUAUUUCUUUACAGGCACAGUGUUAUUUUGGGUACAAAUGGGUACCAAAUAAAUUCUGAAUUGAAGCCUUAUUUUUAAUUAAAGACUUAUUAGAAAUAUAUUUGUGGGUAAUGAACAAAAUUGCAGUGUACUUUUGAUCAGAAAUUGAAUAAAUCUCUUAAUUUCCUCA